GGUGAACCUAAUGAUCCACAACUAACUACUGUAGGGUACAUGAACCGCAAUACUAUUCCAUUCCAUGCCAGGCGUGCCUUGAAUAUGUCCGUGCAGAAAGUGCUUUUAGUUUUCUUAUUCCUGGGUAUACUCGGCGAACUCACCUGCUUGAGACCAAGUCAUUUGGCCGUUUGGCCCGAAAAUGGUUUUCGCUCCGGAUUCCAGUCUGCUGCUUGGCCACAACAUGUCAGGCCUUCAACAUUUCUUGCAUGGCAAUGGCAACAUCAAGUUCUAUGUGCAACUGAGAAUCAGUGACCAGCAAUCAAAAUGUAAAAAGAGACGUGACAGCUGACAACUCCAAUAGCCAGGGAGCUUGAGCCCUAAUCUGUCCUGUCAAUAGAUAAGAGUCAAGCCCCUGGGAGCUUUACAUAGCUGGCUGAGCUGAGCUGAUUUGGAGCCAUGCCAUCUCAUGAGCUCGGUGAUUUGGAUUUUCCUUGGACUGCCCUCAGCCAUUGCCGUGGCAGGGCCAGGGCCAGCACAUCCCCAAGGACUGGGGCCCCAAACCCUGUGGAGCACGCCAGCUCAUAUCAUCCUACCACCGGAACUGGAGGAUGGUGAAUUACCUGAAUGGCAGAAGGUGCUCUCUGCCUACAUAAAGGAGCUGGCACAAGAGUCGCCCUCCAACUCAUCCGAGGACUUGGGCGACGUCUUAAAGUUGGGCGCCUUAAGGGCGCCUGAUGUCGCGACUGCUGUCACCAAGUUAGAGCGCCUCGUGGAGGAAGCUACUCUGCAGUACCUGCAAACCUCCUUGACUGACCGGGGUGCAGAAGGGGCGCUCCGACGGGUUCACAUCAGUGUCGCUUCCAGUUGGGUCAAGCUGAACUCCGACCAGUACGAUCUUCCUCAUGUUCAUCCCAAAGUGGCCUUUGCUGGAUCACUUUAUUUGGACUGUGAUAUUUGUGGCAUCUACCUGCAAGACCCUCGUACCCCUGCUGGAAUGGCCGAAGUCCCAGAGGCCUUGCGAAGAAAACUGGGAUGGGGAGAACUGCAGAAAGUGCACGUCGAUGUGGGAAGCCUCGUGUUGUAUCCCGCUUGGCUGCAGCAUGCGCCGCUGGGUUCCGGAAGGCGGCGAGAAGAACGCUGUAUUUCCUUCACAGUGGCGGUGCAGUUGAAAGAGCUGCGAGAGCCACCUGCGGAUGAGUUGUGAAGAAAACAGACAAGAUAGAUUAACGGGGGAGUAUAUCCCUGAAUGGAAGGUGCUUUCAUAGUGCACAGCAAAACGGAAUUUGAGCUGUUCCAAUUGGACAUAGAUAUGAUAAUAUAUAUAUAUAUACAGUAUAUAUGUUUGCAGGGAUUAUAUAGCUCGCAGAACAUUGUGCAACUGUGCGAUAGUUGAGGAUUUCAUUUGGCAUCUUGGAGA